UUGCAGAUUCAGAAUUCCUGGCACCUUCGUUCUGAGUUCGCGACUGUGAGAUACUCCUGCAGCCAUACUCGCGAGCGAGCAGGCAGAAUGGAGCGUCGCGUCGUCGUGACCGUGAACCCGGUCCUCGUGGUCCUUGUGCUCCUUGUGCUGUCCUGCCUCCUCGUCUACCCCCCCUCCCCACCUCCACCCCACCACCCGUACUCCUCCUUUCCCAUGCCAAGAAGCCUGCGCCUGGGGAGCCACCUGACGGAUUUGAAGCUCACUUCCUCUCACUCUCAGGAGACGACGAUUGGGGCGGCGAUGAACCUGGGUAGGCCGGAGGCGAGGAUGGACUUGGAGGUGAACGACUACCCACCGCCCGACCAUGACCAUGACCAUGACCCAGGUCACGGAAGAGUUUGAACGGAGCUGGACGGCUAGCUGGACCCCCAAUAAUCAUUCGUCUAGCUUUAUCAGUAGUACUGCUACUGCAUAGUGCUUUGCUGUUGCUCCUGUAUUCUUGAAAGAUUAAAAUAUACUCUCAGUCACUAAAUUUGAGAGACAUUGCUAUCCA